GUAUACACAUCAAUGUGGCAAACAUUAAAUUUGACCACAGCUGCAGUUUAGAGUUGGGACUUAAAAGAUGCCGCGACCGAUACUCAAGAUGCGGUCCUCCUACGCAAGCCCCCUGCGAUCCCCGGCCAGUGCAUCGAAAAGGGAGAAGAGAUCCAUAACCGUUAGACGACACAACGGAGCCUGUCGACGCGUGACGUUCUCGCCAUUCACCAAGUUACGAGGAGACUCGUCGACUAGUUCCCAACUGCCACUCCUCGCUGAUGGAGAGGAAACAAAGGGCUCGUUAACGUCUGGAUUCACCUUCUCCAGCGCAACGGAAGCCGAGAAAAAGUGGGUUUGGACGCGAUCUUGGCUUCUGUGGGUGGUUGGAGAGUGUGUACUGACAGGAUUGGUGCUGGAUAUGUGCUGUAGAAACCAGUCAAGGCGGAGGCAGGAGCUGGAGACCAUGAAGAUAUUAUAUAGAGCAGCAAGACACAGGCCUCACAGUGUCAAGUCACUACUGCUGACGAAUGUACCUGGACUCAAACGACUUAACACAUUUGUGAGCGACUGGGUGGAUUAUGCGAAGACGGUGCGCGGUGCGAUGCCGUGGCCUCAACGUACACGCCCGAAGCGGCGACCAAGGAGGCUCCAUCGAGGUCCGUGGACGGAAUUGGACGACGCGGAUCACAAUUAUGUCCAGAAACUCGCACGCAGCUCGAAGACAUCACACCCCUCGUUGCUGCUACCUUCGUCGACUUCACCAAGAGACGACAACCCUUUGGAUAUUGUUCUUAGAUCACCGCAACCGGAUCUUACUCCACCAAAUCGCGGUAGUUUUACGAACUUGCUUCGGAAAGAAGGUAUUCCAGUCGAAGAAGACGAGCGUCACGUGAACCGAGCUAUUGAUGAAGAUCUCCGUGGUGUGUGUCAUCCAGUGAAGCAUCAGCGCUUGCAACGAUGAAGAGGGAUGUCUCUGACCUUGGGCUGGAGGAUGCAACCCGUGACAACUGUAAUAGCUUCCUACUAUACAACAAGUAGUAACAACGCUAAGAACGCGAGAGCAAAUGAAUAAAUGCAUGCGUCACGAUAGCUUGUCGGAUAAGCUCUCUUGAAGCCGUGCCAUCUUCUCACUCUGACC